AUGGCUCCGAUCUUAAAAAAUGAAGCUGCAUGGCUCCGGGCUUCCGGGGCUUAUCCAUUAGAGAUUGGCCCAGGCCCUCAACCAGAUCCAGCAGAAGAUGAGGUUGUUAUCAAAGUUAGCUAUGCAGCGGCAAAUCCACUUGACUGGAGGUUGCAAGACGGUUUGCCCUUCCCAAUGGAUUUCCCAAACAUCCUCGGCGCUGAUGUUGCUGGGACGGUGGUGCAACUUGGAUCCAAAGUGACCCGAUUCCAACUUGGACAGAGAGUCCUUGGUCUCUGCAAUGGUCUGGUGGUAAAUAAGAGGGCAAAUAGCGGAUGGCAACGAUACAGCACGUGUCCAGAGAUUCUGGUAUCGGCAAUCCCGGACUCUUUACCCCUGGCAAAUGCGGCUGUCUUGCCGUUGUCCAUAUCUACAGCUACGACCGCCCUCUUUGUUCAUCUUGGACUGCAACUCCCUUCUCUGGCACCAAACCCUGUGGGAGAAACGGUUCUUAUUUGGGGUGGAAGCUCUUCAUGUGGUAGUUCGGCUAUUCAACUUGCCGUUGCUGCUGGUUACGAGGUUGCCACAACUGCCAGUACUAGCAAUUUCGAUUACGUCAAAUCUCUCGGUGCAUCACACGUAUUCGACCACACAGAUCCAAAGGUUGUUGAAAAGGUCCUUCAGGUUCUAAAGCCUGGUGAUCAUGUAUUUGACUGCAUCAGCAAUGCGCAGACAAUGAAGACUUCCGCUACAAUACUGGGCAGAAUCGGCGGUGGAAAGCUUGCUCUUCUGAAUCCACCGGAAAACUCGUAUGCAGAGAAUGUCAAGCCUAUUCACAUAUUUGCUUGGGAUCCCGCCAUGACUGGAUCUGACGUUGGUGAUGCUGUGUUACGCAAAUACUUUCCAGCCGCCUUGGCUGAAGGAAAAAUUCAAGCCAAACCGGAUCCAAUAAUUAUUGAGGGCGGACUGGAAACGGUCCAAUAUGGCAUCGACCUGCUGAAAAGGGGGGUCUCGGCAAAGAAGAUUGUCAUUGAGAUAGCUAAAGAAGAGCUUUCUCCUUGA